GCCACGUUCAUUCCCGCUAGUGUUCGGCUGGGCAGCCAAUGCAGGUGGCGCCCACCACUAACGCCCUGCACGUCUCAGGGCCAACAGCUGGCCUUGGUGCUGUCUCUGUGUUUAAACGACCUGUUCGUUUUGGUCUUUAUUCGCACGUUGGUUCAGCCCAUUCGCGUCUUUAGCGUCGUGGACUCGUGGGUCCGCGUCCUGGUCCAUUGUCAAACUUCCCCCCCAAAAAGACGACACCUUGGCCUCCAUUUCUACACCGUAUCCAUCCAGCGAGACUUCAAUUGCUGACCCGUUGCUGCUGGCGCUGUCGAGAUUCUGUUUUAUUUCGAUUCCGCUUCUUGUAGUCUCUUCUUCUCCACGUUCUUUAGAGUAUCUGCUCUGCUCUUCUUUCUUUCUCUCUUUCUUCCCGUGACGACAACGACGGCGUGUCUGUCUCUACCUCCUUUUUUCCCAAUUCAAAGCAGACAGCUCACCUUGCUUCACUAUGGCAGCCAGUCGUCAAUACGAUAUUGUCCUCCUGGGGGCCACGGGCUACACUGGCAAACUCACCGCCGAGUACAUCACGGCCAAUCUUCCCACCAACAUCAAAUGGGCCGUGGCUGGACGCAAUCAAUCCAAACUCCAAUCCUUGGUCGGUGAGCUGAAGUCGCUGAACUCGACGCGCAGCUCGCCCGACAUCAUCACCGUCGCCAGUCUGACUACCCCUGAAUUGACCCCUGUGGUCAAGAAGACCAAAGUGCUCUUGAACGCCGUGGGCCCUUACCAUCUCUACUCGACUCCCGUGGUCGAAGCAUGUGCGCAACAGGGAACUCACUACCUCGACGUGACCGGCGAAACCCCAUGGGUUCGCGAUAUCAUUGUCAAGUACGAAGACACUGCCAAGCGAACUGGGGCUAUCAUGAUCCCCGAGGUGGGCGUGGAGUCCGCGCCCUCGGACCUGGUCGCCUACAUUGCCACUCGUUUGGUCCGCAAAGUCUGGGAUUGCGGUGUCAUGGACAUGGUUGCCUCAGUGCACGAGCUGAAAUCCUCGGGACCUAGCGGCGGCACCUUGGCUACAGGGCUGGGCCUGGCCGACUACUACCCGGCAAAGGUGAUGAAGCAGUGCAUGAGCGACCCCUUUGUGCUGUCUCCAUCCCACCUACGGCCCUUCACCAAGGAUACCAUCUACCCACGCAACCCCGAACCAAACACGUAUGAACGCACAGGUCUCCAGAAACUCAUGGGCGUCUGGAAGUAUCCACGCCUCGGCCACUUGACCACUUCCAUCACCGCCAAGCCCAAUGUGGCCAUAGUCCACCGCUCCGCCGGGUUGACGCCUUACUUCUACGGAUUCAACUUCACGUACGAGGAGUACAUGGCGGUGGCGAGCCCCGUGGCCGGCGUGUUGAUCCAUGUCGCCGUCGUCAUCUUAGCCCUGUUGCUCGCAUUCCCCCCCACGCGGGCUAUCCUGAAACUCUUCUCCUCCUACAAGCCCGGCUCUGGCCCGACAAAGGAAUCCACCAAAGGCGAUGUUCUGGAACUCCGCGCCGUCGCCGUCGCCGAGCAGCUCGCCAAGAACCCCCGCAAGGCUCUGGCACAUUUUCGGUUCGAGGGCGGGAUGUAUGCUCUAACUGCCCUGCUGAUGAGCGAGGCUGCCAUGGUGAUUCUGACAAAGGAAGAAGAGAUCAAGAAGAACCACGGCGCGGGAUUCUUGACUCCGAGUUGCCUAGGCGAUAAUUAUCUUGCGCGGCUGGAGAACGCGGGCGUCAAGAUCGGAGUGCAGCAAAUUGGCGAUGUGGGCAGCAAGUAGGCCUGGCCAAGGACUGCCAGGGCACGCAAUUCGCAUGACUUUGUGGGCUGCUGCUGCUGCUGCGUGUCUUGUGUCUAACGACGCAUCUAGAAGCUGAGAGUUCAAUUCGGUGCCGAGGAUGAUGCUAGCCAUGGAUACGGAGGAGAGUGAAACCAGGGGUCGCAACAAGGAAGAAGUCCGUCAGAGGAGAGAGCUGUUGACACGUGCGGGACAGGGUGGGUGGAAUGCAAAAGGAGUCAGGUGGAUGAUGAUGAAGACAACUCAUUUGGGAUCCGGUUGCUGGCUUUGGGGGGGUAAUGCUUUUUUGAUUGUUAAACCUGUAAGUUUAGAAGAUCCCCGUCCAAUAUAAGAUGCUGCACAAAACGGAGAGAGAGGAAGAGAAUAUGUCUAUUUUUCCCUCGUGACAUCCCGCACUCAUCG